GUAGUUCUGACUAUAAUUUAAACGUCAGCUUAACUAUUCAAUUUCUAUAAACGUUCAUCUGCGAAUACUCGGCCACCCUAAUACGAUUCGUAGACGACAGCUUUUUCAUUAGUAGUGGUUGGCUGGUCCAAUAAGAACAAGAAAAGGCCUGUUUUGUAACAGCAUUGCCGCUUCUUUAAAAGUUUAUUUCAUAGUCGAUCAAAUUAAUUUAUGCAUAAAAAUGAACAAUUUGACGCGUCUGUUGGGCAACUGCGCGCUCACACUGCACACGCAACGCACAGGCGUAGUCGGCCUGCAGCAUUUACGCACCAAAACGAAAGUCGUAGUUAAACCAAAACCUGGCGCAGGAACUCAGUUUCGUCGUAUUGUGCACUUUCCGGAGGAGUACACGAUAGAGCCACUGAAGAUAACACAUUUGGCUGGACGAGAUCCAAAAUCGGGUCGCGUAGUUGCUAAAGGUAUCGGCGGUGGUAUCAAGCAGCAGUACCACUGGAUUAAAUGGGUGCGUGACGGACCUAGCGAGGGUGAGCCGCAACAGGAACUUGUUGUGGAGGUUUUCCCGGAUGGUUGUCGUACAUCAAAUGUGGCUCUAGUCGCUGUAGGCGAUGAGCUGAAGUAUAUACUGGCCACGGAGAAUAUGAAGGCGGGCGACAUUAUCAAAACGUCACGCGUUAUUCCGCGCAUACCAGUGCGUCCUAAUGAAGGGGAUGCUUAUCCGCUGGGUGCUCUACCCGUAGGCACACGUAUCCAUUGUCUGGAGAAGAACCCCGGACAGCCUUGUCAUUUGAUACAUGCAGCCGGCACCUUUGGCACUAUAUUGCGCAAAUUUGAUGACAAAGUGGUCGUGCAACUUCCUUCCAAGCGCGAGUUCGCCUUCAACCGCAUCUGCAUGGCUACCGUUGGACGCCUAUCAAAUACAGAACACAAUAAGGAACAUGUGGGCAGUGCCCAGCGCAUGCGAGAGCUGGGAAAUCGACCACGGUCGGGUCUUUGGAAGCGCAAGGAAGGCAAGCACGGACGCAAGAUACGAAAAUUGCCACCCAUGGUUACAGUGGCACCCCCGCCACUCCCCAAAUUGGAAGAAACAAUACUAACUCUAAAUUUGUGAGCUCUAAUUCUACGCAAUGUUGUUUACUUAUAUGUGAAUAAUUAAAAAACCUGAAGAUAACUA